GUUAAAAAGUAUAUCAGUCCACGCGGCGCGCCGACACGGAAUAUUAUAAUUUAUAAUACGGAAUAUAAUAUUACAUUUCUAAUAAAAUGUUGUUGUUCUAUCUCUUUCUAAUAUUCACAUGUGACGUGUGCGUGAGCGAGAAAAGUGAUUUAGGAUACGGACUCAAUAUUGGAAAUGCUAUCGACGUGUUUGCUAAUUACGGCGAUCUAUCUCAAGUAACACAAGUGGUGUCGGCUGACUAUGAAGAUGAGAAACAAGAGCCAACUGUACCGUUCAGCGAGAAGAACAUUAGGGUAUUCCUAAACGCUACCAGUAUAGAAGACAACAGAGAAAACAUGUCUAAUAUAGAAAUACAGCUUUGUGAGACCUUCGAGGAUCUACUCGACACGUAUUUUAGUAAUUUCAAAAUCGAAGGAACAGACAAACCAUGGAAAGCUUUUAUGGGCGACUGGAUAUCGGACGAGAUAUUGCGCACUCUGGGCAUAAUAUACGAUGGUAAACCGGACAACUGCUGUUACGUACUUAUCAAGCUGACGAAAACGCAUAAAUCUGUCAAACUUGGCGAUUUAACAAACGUCAGUAUAAAGGACUACGUCGAGAUGGCGAUUGGCAAGUUGAACUUCAGCGAUCCUGUAGGAGUGAGGAGGUUCAUGAAAAGCUAUGGGACGCACUAUAUUGAUUCUUAUGUUACCGGUAACUUCAUAUAUCAGGUGUUCAAGUACAAAAGACCUUGGUACAACAUUCUGAAAGCCAAGUUACGUAACUCCCGUCAGACCGGCUCCACCAAUUUAAGAUUCUUUUUCUCUUCAUUCUUUUUAACCCAAGUUGGUGAUAUCAGGAUAGCAAGUGGCAAUAAAUCAGUAGAAGAUUGGGCGCGACGGAACCUCCGCGAUGGCCAGUACCUAUACUCAAGACCGAGUCUACUGCGUCUACACUACAGCCCAAUGUUGGCUUCUAAACUCAAUCAGUUCCUUGACAAUGGAGCCCUGCUAGGGUUGAGCUUAAAAACAUUGAGACCAUUAUUCAAAGACCGCCGCAAGGGGGAGCUGUACGCUGAGAUAGUCGAAAACGACCUGCAGUUAUGGGAAAUCAAUGCGUAAUAUUUAAACAAAACUGUGAUAUAAUAAUGUAACUACAAAUUUAGUUUUAAUACUAUUUGAAUAUUAAAGAUUUUCUGCAUAGGAA